CGUCUCCAGGCUCCCCCUUCUCGGCACAGCCAGACAAAAACAAACCGAAAGCGACGCGGCGGGGGGCGGGAGGGACCUCGGCGGAGGCGCCCGGGCGGGGGGCGGCCGCUCUGCCAUCGCCGCGGGAGGAGGAGGAGGAGGACGCCGGGCAGCCACAAAGGAGCCGGCGGCCCCACCGGCUCUCUCGGCCCGGGCAGGCAGGCGGGCAGCUGGCCGCGCACCGAGCCCGGAGCGCCCGGGAGCUUCGCCCGUCUUCUGCCGCGCGCCAGGAGGAAGGAAGAGCUAUGUCCCGGCUGUCUUUAACACGGUCUCCAGUUUCUCCCCUGGCUGCCCAAGGAAUUCCUCUCCCAGCUCAGCUGACCAAAUCCAAUGCUCCUGUGCACAUUGAUGUAGGUGGACACAUGUAUACCAGCAGCUUGGCAACGUUGACAAAAUACCCAGAUUCCAGAAUAAGCCGUCUGUUUAAUGGCACGGAACCUAUUGUCUUGGACAGUUUAAAACAACACUAUUUCAUUGAUCGGGACGGUGAAAUUUUCAGAUACAUACUAAGCUUCUUAAGAACGUCGAAACUGCUGCUUCCGGAAGACUUUAAGGACUUUCAUCUUUUAUAUGAAGAAGCCAAGUACUACCAACUGCAGCCGAUGAUCAAGGAGCUGGAACGGUGGAAGCAAGAGAAGGAACAAAGGAAGCAUUUCCAGCCGUGUGACUGCUUGGUUGUGAGGGUGACGCCGGAUCUCGGGGAGAGGAUUGCACUGAGCGGGGAGAAAGCGCUCAUCGAAGAGAUCUUCCCGGAGACUGGAGACGUGAUGUGCAAUUCCGUCAACGCCGGCUGGAACCAGGACCCCACCCACGUCAUUAGGUUUCCUUUGAAUGGAUACUGUCGGUUGAAUUCCGUGCAGGUACUUGAGCGGUUAUUCCAGAAGGGGUUUAACGUGGCAGCCUCCUGCGGCGGCGGUGUGGAUUCCUCUCAGUUCAGCGAGUACGUGCUAUGUCGUGAGGACAGGAGACCACAGCCCAAUACCACAAUCAGAAUAAAGCAAGAACCUCUGGACUAAGGGCCCAGUCCCUUCUCCUUCUUUGUAAAAGUAGAAGUGUCCAAUAGUCCCUCGUGUGGAGAGAAAAAAACACUUAAGGAUUUGCAAAACAGUAUUAUGCAGGUGACUUUGGCAUUGCCAAUGAGCGGUAUUUCGAAAACUACCUGUCACAUUGCCAGCCGUGAACUGCAUUUGAAGACGAAGACACAGAUGUGUGCACGCAUUCACACACCCCAAAAUCCAUUUCUUUUAUUGAUAGAUUACUGAGCAUGCUGUGCACUUGGAAGUAUUUGUGGGAAGGAACUCUCCGCCGAACGGCUGCGGCGUGGACGAGAGGCAAUACUUCAGUGAAGAAUGGACGUCGGCUGGAUUUGUGCCGAGACACCGACGGGUGUCCUUUGAAUAUGUCUGUUGAAGGAAUACAGCUGCCAGCUGUCUGGAGGACAGGCCCCCUCAACCCUCGGUGGCACUAAGGACAUGUUCGCCACCCAAAGGAAGACAGUGCUGCGUUGAGUGUCUUCCCUUCCCCACCCCCGUGGAAUGCCACACCUUUGUCCUAUCAGAUAUGCUUUUACACCUCCCUUCCUUUACCUCUUCUUCUGUGAUUUCAUUUGCUCAUUAUAUCAAAUGGCUUAUUUUUCUAUACCACCCCUCAUUGUUUAUGUUCAGAAGCCCCGUUGAGCAGGGACUCCUUCUGAUGCUGAAUUAUUUCCAAGCUUGGGCCGCCCUCCCAAACGGCUGCUUCUUUUGAGAUCAUUAGAGAUUGUGCAGCCCUAAUAACAUUUCAUAUGUUGCUCCCACCAUCUGAGACAUCAGUGAAACUUUUGCAAAUUAAGGAGGUUCACCAGAAGUUCUGGAAUAAGACAGUGUAACAUUAAACGGGCCCUGGCAAGUUAUGGUCAUGGUGUUUUGAAACUGA